GAGGCUUCUCGAUCUCUCUCUCUCUCUCUCUCUCUCCCUCAGAAUGUGCGCGCGUUACUCUUCACAGUUCUAACAAAAAACUCGAAGAUUCAAAUCGAAGCCGAAUCUGUUGAAUUUGCAGGCAUGGAUCCCGACGCAGCUUUAGGGCUCGUAAAGCAUGGCGCUACACUUCUCCUCCUCGAUGUUCCUCAGUACAACGUCUUGGGCCUCGAUACUCAGAUGCUUUCUGCUGGGCCUAAUUUUAAGGGUAUUAAGAUGAUUCCUCCAGGUCCUCAUUUUGUGUAUUAUAGUUCAUCGAGCAGAGAUGGCAAGGAGUUCUCGCCAAUUAUUGGCUUCUUUAUUGACGCUAGCCCCUCUGAGGUAAUUGUUCGGAGGUGGGAUCAAAAGGAGGAACGAUUAGUCAAAAUAUCGGAAGAAGAGGAAGAGAGAUAUUGUCAAGCAGUUAAAAGUUUGGAGUUUGACAGACAAUUGGGUCCUUACAAUCUAAGCCAGUAUGGAGAUUGGAAACACUUAUCAAAUUUCAUUACUAAGAGCGUUAUUGAACGAAUUGGUAUUCUCUAUCUAACUACCUCUAGGGCUCUUCACACCACAGUUUGGUACAUUCCAUUAGGAAUUUCUUUAAUAUUGUUGCUUGUGUUUGGAGGCUUGGCAUUCUUUAUUUUUAAACUGCAUUCAUCAUUGCUUUUGCAAUCAAUUUUAUGUUGUUUUUCUUUUGAAAUUACUUGGUGUGUUGGAUGCUUCAUGGGUACUGGUUGUUGGAAACUUCGUGAAAAUGAAAAGCUUCAACAAGUCAAAUUAGUGUCUUGCUGCUUGGUGUAUCUUUAUUCUUCUAUAGUCGUAUCCAAUGCAGCUCAUCAAUUAUAUAUUGUAUGGGGAAAUGGAACUGUAAGAAGAGAUAAUCUUCCACUUAUGAGCAGGAGUUCUAUUUUCCAAUAGAAUGUUUAUUGAAGAUGUCCAAAGAGUGAGAUAUUGAAAGGAAUUUACAUCCCUGGCUCAAAAAAAUUUUGAUUUUAUAUGUAUACAAGGCAUGUAAAUACAUGCAUAGUUGCGCACACAAAGACGUGCACAUGCUCACAAAAAGAGAGGCAAAAUCACUGUACGCAAAAAGUAUACAAGAGACGUAAUCCAACCAAUCUGAUGUACCACAUAGGGCCUACUUUGCUUAUCAUUCAUUUUUCUUAUACAGGAAUCUUCUGCAUUUUGUAUAGGUUCCAAACAUUCUCUACCAUGGGAGCCCAACAAGGGAUUAGAAUAUUGCCAUAUGUCACCACCAAGAGUCUCUCUUAGUCAUCACACACCAAAGAAAGAGGCAAAAUCGUUGUAGACGAAAAGUAUACAAGAGACUUAAUCCAACCAAUCUGAUGUACCAAAUAGGACCUACUUUGCUUAUCAUUCAUUUUUCUUAUACAUGAAUCUUCUGCAUUUUGUAUUGGUUCAAAACAUUCUCUACCAUGGGAGCCCAGCAAGGGAUUAGAAUAUUGUCAUAUGUCACCAUUAAGAGUCUCUCUUAGUCAUCACACCCUACCAUGGGAAUGAAGCCAGCACAACCAUGUCUACCACUUGCCUCUUCGAAUCGUUGACUCUCAUACCACCUUUUAUGAAUUAAACGUCUUAGGGAGUCUUCA